CGGAAGCAUGUGCUACAACAGUUAAUCAGUUUUUCGAUCGAUCGCUGCAAGUACCGUAUGAUUCCAAAACUCGCACAGCAAAUGUCAUCAAGGUCCCCGGCGUACAUUUCUCCGCUCACAACAGUCAUGUUCGGUGUGUUGAAAGCACUGUCUAGAGUUGCCGGUGAUCUGCCUCGAGGACUCGGCACGAGCAGUAUUAGUCAAACUUCAUGAUUUUCCUGCCGGCAAUUUUGAACUUUUUGGAGCGAGAACUCGAGAACCCGCUACGUAAUCGGGUCCGUUUUAUCCUAUACUGUGGCAUCCAACCGGAUUGGGGCUGCGAUCAAGCAGUGACCACAUAUGUUCGCCUCGCGGCUGAGCCUUUAUUUUUCGCGUACCGAGCCUUAAAGCUGGUUCUGCUUCAUGUCAUGCCACGGAUAUUUCCAGCCGUUCAUGUUGGACACGACCUUCAUUUCUGUGUCUGCUCGGCAAGCUUGUUGGUGACUACGACUCGUUUCUUGGGCUGUUUACUCAUGAAUAUAUGCCAAUCAGUGAACAUUGGGAAACAAUCACGAGCUGCAGCACUGGGACUUCUCAUUUAUGAACACAUCAUUACCAUCGAGGACGAGGUAGAGUGUCAAUCUGAUUCCAGCCACUGCAGUUGUUAAAGUACGACUUCGUAGAUUGAUCUGGUCUGGUUGAAGAGGAAAAGUUGGGUGACAUAUCUCUAUCAUUUUAGCCGCUGGCUUCCAGCA